GCGGCUUAGCCUGAGGAAACGGCACGAACACUUAAAACACCCAGGUUCCACACGGAGCCGACGAGGUUCCCCUAGACGCGCCGCCAUACAGCUAGAGUUCCUAAGUUUGUAGAUGUGAGGCACAGUGUCCAGCUUCGAGCGACCAAUGGAGAGAGGAUGGCUACGCUUCUGAGCUAGCUAGUCACCCCUCGCAACCCAAAGCGAAGACUAAGGCUGGCUUCUUGCUAAGCGACAGCGGCGGCGGCCAAUGGCUUUCGGGCUGCUCAGACAGGGCAGGUGGACUCCGGAGCAGCCAAUGGGGAGAACCUUCUCCACAGGGCCCAGGCCCUUUGUCCAAUAGUGAUGAGAAGACUAUGAGGGGCCAGUUCCGAGCGGGGUAUGGAGGGCCAAUCCCAUACGGGACUGGGUGGGGCUCACAGUUGAAUGACAGGUCCAUUAGCCAAUGGCGAGUAUGAAAGCGGGCAGCCCGGACUAGGAGCACGGAGGGAGCUGAGGGAGAGGGGAGGCCGAAGCGGAGAGAAGCAGGAAGUAGCGGCGGCCGCGGGGAGGGCGGCGGCGGCGGUAGCGGCGGUGGCGGCUGGAACCGGGAGGAGGCCGUAGGGUCUCAGCCCGCACCAGGAUCGGAACAAGUCUGGGACCUGUCACUAUGGGGGACAUGAAGACCCCUGAUUUCGAUGACCUCCUUGCUGCUUUUGACAUCCCUGACAUUGAUGCAAAUGAAGCCAUUCACUCUGGGCCAGAAGAAAAUGAGGGACCAGGAGGCCAAGGGAAGCCAGAACCCAGUGUAGGAGGAGAUUCUAAAGACAGAGAAGAAGCAGCAGCCGCUGAGAAUGACCCUGAGAGUCCAGCUGAGGCCUCUGAUCAUGGCCUUCCACAACCACCGGAUACUUCUACAGUCAGCGUCAUUGUCAAGAACACAGUGUGUCCAGAGCAGUCCGAGAGCCUGACUGGGGAUUCAGGAGAGGAAGAGACCAAGGCUGGGGGUAUAACUAAGGAAGGACCUGUGGGGUCUUGUCUGAUGCAGAAUGGGUUUGGGGGUCCUGAGCCCUCUCUCUCAGAAAACCCCCAUUCUUCAGCACAUGCCAGUGGGAAUGCCUGGAAAGACAAAGCUGUGGAAGGCAAAACAUGCUUGGACCUCUUUGCUCAUUUUGGGUCUGAACCAGGAGACCACCCAGAUCCCCUACCUCCAGAACCUUCCCAACCUCGGGGUGGUGACAUGGCCCCACCUCCUUUCUCCACUCCUUUUGAACUGGCCCCAGAAAAUGGCUCAACCCUGCUUCCUCCUGCUUCACUCUUGCCUCAAGGGGCCUUGAAACAGGAAAGCUGCAGCCCUCACCAUUCCCAGGGCCUAACCCAGAGAGGCCCAGGCUCCAGCCCCGAGACAGCAGGCAUCCCUGCCAGUGUCUCUCCCCCGCAGGUGGCUGGGGUGUCCUUCAAGCAGUCUCCAGGACACCAGAGUCCUCCUGCUUCCCCUGUCAAGGCACCCAGCUGUAAACCCCUGAAGGAAGAAGAUGAGGGAACAGUGGACAAGUCUCCCCCAAGAAGUCCCCAGAGUCCCUCUAGUGGAGCUGAGGCUGCAGAUGAGGACAGCAAUGAUUCCCCUACCUCCUCCAGCUCUUCUAGGCCCCUCAAGGUGCGGAUCAAGACUAUUAAAACAUCCUGUGGGAAUAUCACAAGAACUGUAACCCGGGUCCCCUCAGAACCCGAUCCUCCUGCCCCUUUGGCCGAGGGGGCUUUCCUGGCCGAGACUAGCUUCCUGAAACUGUCCCCUGUAACUCCAACCCCCGAAGGUCCAAAGGUGGUGAGUGUCCAAUUGGGUGAUGGCACGAGGCUGAAAGGUACAGUGCUGCCUGUGGCCACCAUCCAGAAUGCCAGCACUGCCAUGCUCAUGGCAGCCAGUGUAGCCCGCAAAGCUGUGGUUCUACCAGGGGGGAAUGCCACCAGCCCCAAAACUAUGACUAAGAGUGUGUUAGGUCUGGUGCCCCAAACUCUGCCCAAGGCUGAGGUACGGACAGGGUUUAGCCUUGGGGGGCAGAAGGUAAAUGGUGCCUCAGUGGUGAUGGUACAGCCUUCCAAGUCUGCUACUGGGCCAGGCACAGCAGGUGGCUCGGUGAUCUCCCGAACCCAGUCCAGUCUGGUAGAGGCCUUCAACAAGAUCCUCAACAGCAAGAACCUGCUGCCUGCUUAUAGACCAAACCUGAGUCCGCCAGCUGAGGCUGGUCUGGCCCUGCCUCCAACAGGCUACCGCUGCCUUGAGUGUGGAGAUGCCUUCUCUCUGGAGAAGAGCCUGGCACGGCACUAUGAUCGAAGGAGCAUGCGUAUAGAGGUCACCUGUAACCACUGUGCCCGUCGCCUGGUUUUCUUCAACAAGUGUAGCCUGCUUCUGCAUGCCCGUGAGCACAAGGACAAGGGGCUUGUCAUGCAGUGCUCACAUUUGGUCAUGAGGCCUGUAGCCCUUGACCAGAUGGUGGGGCAGCCAGACAUCACACCCUUGCUGCCUGUGGCUGUCCCACCUGUUCCUGGACCUUUGGCCUUGCCUGUUUUGGGCAAGGGGGAGGGGGCUGUCACUUCCUCUACCAUCACUACAGUUGCCACUGAAGCUCCUGUGCUGCCACUCCCAACAGAGCCCCCUGCUCCCCCUACUGCCUCUGUUUACACGUGCUUUCGCUGUCUGGAGUGCAAAGAGCAGUGCCGGGACAAGGCUGGCAUGGCAGCCCAUUUCCAGCAGCUGGGCCCUCCUGCACUCGGGUCUACCAGCAAUGUGUGUCCGUCCUGCCCCAUGAUGCUCCCCAAUCGCUGCAGCUUCAGUGCCCACCAGCGCACACAUAAGAAUCGAGCCCCCCAUGUGUGUCCCGAGUGUGGGGGUAACUUCCUACAAGCUAAUUUUCAGACCCAUCUUCGAGAGGCCUGUCUGCAUUUCUCUCGCCGUGUAGGAUACAGGUGCCCUAGCUGUGCAGUGGUGUUUGGGGGUGUGAACUCCAUCAAGUCCCACAUCCAGGCAUCACACUGCGAAGUUUUCCACAAGUGCCCCAUCUGCCCCAUGGCCUUCAAGUCUGCACCCAGCGCCCAUGCCCACCUCUACUCCCAGCAUCCAAGCUUCCUCACCCAGCAAGCCAAGCUGAUCUAUAAGUGUGCCAUGUGUGAUACGGUCUUCACUCACAAACCCCUCCUCUCCUCACACUUUGACCAGCACUUACUGCCCCAGCGUGUCAGUGUCUUUAAGUGCCCGUCUUGUCCUCUGCUUUUUGCCCAAAAAAGAACCAUGCUGGAGCAUCUCAAGAACACUCACCAGUCUGGACGUGUGGGGGAAGAGGCAGUUGGGAAAGGGGCUGGAGGUGCCCUUUUGACCCCCAAGACUGAGCCUGAGGAGCUGGCUGUGUCUCAGGCAGAGGCAGCCCCUGCUACUGAGGAGUCUUCCUCAUCUUCUGAAGAGGAGCUGCCUAGCUCCCCUGAGCCACCCCGACCAACCAAAAGAGCCCGACGAGGAGAACUGGGAAACAAAGGCAUCAAAGGUGGGGGUGGGGGGCCUGGGGGCUGGACUUGUGGCCUUUGUCACUCCUGGUGUCCUGAGCGUGACGAGUAUGUGACUCACAUGAAGAAGGAACAUGGUAAGUCAGUGAAAAAGUUCCCCUGUCGCCUGUGUGAGCGCUCCUUUUGCUCUGCCCCAAGCCUGAGGCGCCAUGUCAGGGUCAACCAUGAGGGAAUCAAGCGAGUUUACCCAUGCAGGUAUUGUACAGAGGGAAAGCGCACCUUCAGUAGUCGCCUGAUCCUGGAGAAGCAUGUUCAGGUCCGGCACGGCUUGCCUCUUGGGACCCAGUCUUCUGGCCGAGGAGGCUCCCUGGCUCGAGGCUCUGGUGGCAGAGCCCAGGGGCCAGGACGGAAACGCCGCCAGUCUUCUGACUCAUGCAGUGAGGAGCCUGACAGUACAACACCACCAGCCAAGUCCCUGAGGGGUGGCCCUGGGUCAGGAGGCCACGGUCCUCUGCGCUAUAGAAGCAGUGGCUCAGCAGAACAGAGCCUUGUGGGGUUGAGGGUGGAUGGUGGCACUCAGCAGUGCCUUGACUGUGGCUUGUGCUUUGCUUCCCCUGGUUCCCUGAGCCGCCACCGGUUCAUUAGCCACAAGAAGAGACGGGCCGGGGGUAAGGCCAGUGUCCUGGGGCUGGGGGAUGGGGAAGAAGCAGCUCCUCCUUUACGCUCUGACCCAGAGGGUGGAGACUCACCUUUGCCUGCUCCUGGAGACCCUCUGACUUGUAAGGUCUGUGGCAAGAGCUGUGACAGCCCUCUAAACCUCAAGACCCAUUUCCGCACGCAUGGCAUGGCAUUCAUCAGGGCCCGGCAGGGAGGCAGUGGGGACAACUAGGUCCCCAGCCUCAGACUGACCAGGCCUCUUCCCUGGGACUUGGGUUUCACUGCUGCUGUCACCUCCCUGGGCUGGGAGUUUAACAUUUACUUCUUUCUCUAUCCCUGAGGGACAGGCUUUUGAGGAUUCUAGUGACUUGCACCCCCUUCCCUCUAGGGUUUGGCCCCUAGGUUCUACUUAAGUGGGCCUUCUUUUUCCUUUCUGAAUCCAACACUAAUGCUCCUGCUGCAGACUCCCAGUAACUGUGGGGGGAGGGGGGAGGGGACCUUGGCAAGCCUGCUAGACAGGCAUAGGGAUGGACUGAAGGAUGUACAGGGUCUAGCUUCUACCCCUCUACUAGAGUUCUUCAGGCACAGACCAGUAUUUCUUCUUCUGGGCUGGGUUCUGUCCUAGUAUCCCCUCCUCCAACACUCAUUGGCACUAACACCCCCACCCCAAUCCCUGCAGUGCCUUCCAUUUGUCUUUUCCCCCAGAAAUUUAGGGGUGGGGGGUUGGUGGGGAUGAGUCCUGUCAAGUAGGUUCCAGGGAGAGGAGAGGACAGGCUCUCAGGAAUCCUUUAUUCUUGUAGUAGUAGUAAUACUAACAGUGGGAGAAACAGGAGGGAGAAAACCAGACCAUUAAAACUGCUUGUGGUUUAAUCCCCAUUCAGGCUUUUCUUUUUAUGUGAGUUGGAUAAUGUGUACUCAUAGGGAGGGGCGAGUCAGAACUGGGGAAGCCCUUCUCAGGGAAGAGGCAGUAUUGACGAAGACAGAUGGAAAAAGCAAUCUUCCUUCAUCUUGUGUGUUUGGUGCCUUUUGUAUGCUGGACUUAACCCUUUCCAAGCACUCCUCCCCCAGAAGCAACAAGACAGAUGGCUAACUAAGGAUUUUAUUUCAAACAAAAAUUAAAAAAAAAAAAAAAAAAAAAAAAAAGCUGUUUCCCUGGAUGUGAGGAAAGGAUCAGGGUAAGAAAUUUCCCCAUGGCUAAGCCAGUACCCUCAAUACAUCAGAGGGUUUUGUCAGUUCUCCCUUCCUUACCCCCAUGAUGGGGACCUCAGCAAGUGCAGGACCCACUUGUCGGGAAUGUGGGCCAGGGGUCAGCCCCCAGGAGGGGACUGAGUUAGGCAGCAGCAUGGCCAAACAUAGGAUUAAGUCCUAAGUACCAAGAACCUACUCCUCCCAGUUUACUGGGACCCAGGGAAAAUAAAAGAUGGUUUGUAGAAAACCUCUGAGACCCCUGAGGGGAAGAAGACUCCAGUCCUCCUCAUGUUCAUCACCUCUGUUCUCUGGAGGGCAGUGAGUCCUGGGAUCUGUCAGGUGGUAAUACUGACACAGCAAGAGGUGGGGAAGCCCCAGCAAGUCUGGACCCCAAGGUUGGCUCUCCUACCCUCUGGCAAGCUCUCAUGGUUACCACAUGAUCCUUUGUAUUUCUUGCCUUCCAUUUCCCUUGGGUAGGUGGUUAGGUAGGUGGGGUUUUGUGAUUUGGGUUUUCUUAGGCAAGGGUCCUUCUAAGGAGGAUGCCUUCAGUCCCACCACUUCUAGGCCUGAAAAUGGUGUCACAUGAUGCCAUUGGUGAGGUACUGGAAGCCAUCGUAGAGUUUGGUGGUGAUGGACCUCAUGCUGCCGUCCACCAUCUGCUCCACCAGCAGCUGCAGCUGCUCCUCAGUCAUGCUCAUGUGGAACCUCUCUUUGAGGUUGCGAAUGGUGCUGGAGCCAUGGAAGCAAGGAAGCUGAGAACCUGGGGGGAAGCAGUGGAAAUUAAGGGUCAUAGACAAUUAGGAAGGCAGCCCAGUAGUUAGUGGCCACAAGGAAAAGAGCUAGAGUACCCCUUCCCUCCCCACCACUGGGAUCCUUGAUGGUACAGAGCAAUUUUGCUUGUGCAGAGAAAAGCAAUCAGGAAGCCUUGUUUUUAGUCCGUCCUCAGUCCUCAUCCCAUACUCCUUAGUUUCUCUGUAGGAAGAGUAUGUGGGCAUGAUAGGAAAAGGCAAGCCAGCCCACAACUUCCCCCAGUAAGCAUUGGAGAGAUGUCUUUGGGCCCAGAGGGAAGGCUGGGAAGAGCCUCUGGGAAUGGGCCCUGCACUUAUCUGGUUGCAGGCCUCUGCCUAUGCUAGAUCAGACACUCACAGAUGACCUGGGCCACCGUCACCACGGGGCCAGACAGAGAUGCUCCCGAGCAACGACGGCAACCUGUGGGGUAGGGGCAAGGAUGGGGAGGAGGAGACUGGCAGCUUAGGUAGGGUAAAUAUCUGGGGUGGGGGGGAUAGAAGGGUCCCAGAGGAACUGGAAGAGGAGGGAGUCCUGUGCAAAAAAACUGAGGGACCAAGGAAGAGGCAAAGUGAAAGAAAAGAGAGGCAGGAAAAAUGAGAGCAGCAGAGGUUAGUAGGAAGUGGUAGUGGCCGAGGUCAGGUCAGUCAGGCCAAGUGUGAUGGGAGAGAAGUGAGUAGAAGUAGCAGAGAAGGAAGAAGACUGAGAAAUACAAUUGAAUGGGAGAAUGGGAAAGCCAGGAGGCUGAAAGUGGCUGUUUCCCCAUGAGGAUACCUAAGAGCUUUCUGCUGUUCCUUUUCUCCUGCCCCACCCCCAAAACCAGUUCUGCCAGGGUGAAGAAUGUUUUAAAGGGGAAAUGGAGACCCCCUGAGAAAUGUUCCCCCACCUAAGUCUUGAGGUGGAGUUCAACUUCCUAAAAGUUCUAAGUGCAGGCAACCCAACCUGAGUCCCCCAGGCCAGGGCCCUCCUGAGCCACACCUUGCUGCAUGAUCUCCACAAUCUGUACCACCUUGUCCAUGUGCUUCCGAGCAGCAAUCAGCCCUUGCAGCAUGAGCAUCUUGUAGUAGUUGAACAUAUCACCGUUCAGGCCACCCAUUACCUGGAAGCAAGGAGAGUGUCUGUGUGCACAGAGAAAUUCUGGUGGGUCCUUUCUGUAGGCCUCAGAGCUUCCUCUCUUAAGGUAAUCAUGGUAAAUUUCCUUAUCACUAUCUCCACAUUUUCUUUCAUAAGCUCCCAGGCAAUCCUGCCUCGUCUUGACUUAUUGCCAUUUCUGUUCUGUUCCUAAUUUGGGGGAGUCCAUCAGCUCCUCUCAGAGGAAGAACACAGUUACCCUUGGAAGCACCUCUCUUUUUUGACUCACAUCCACAAAUUCUGUGGUCAGCUUAAAGGCUGAUGUCUCGAAGCCCAGGUUUCGGGGUGAGCUGGAAAGGAUGAAGCCAAAGUCGAUGUGGAUGAUGUGACCUUCUGCGUCCAGAAGGAUGUUCCCGUUGUGCCUGAGGAAGAGGCAACAAACAUAACAAAUUCCACUUACUGGACAUUCAUACUAUUAGAAAUCCCUGAAGUACGUUUAAUAAAAAGAGGUAAGUCUCUUGGUCAAACAGUGGACAUGCUCUUUUCAGUUCCCCCAAGUGACAGUUGUAUCAAAUUUUGCUCCAGACUUCUAUUAAGAUCUUAUUGCCAGGAUACCACCAGAGUGAACAUUUUCCAGAAAUAAGAGCGAGUGAAGAACUGAAUCUUAACACUGUAUCCAUCCAAGUGAUAAUACAUAAAAAUUAUUUUGGCCCAAACGGGUCCUACCUUUGUUGAGCUAACUUUUCCUUGAUAGGCAGAGAGACCCACAACAGUGCAGUACCUCUUUGUAGCCUCAGCUAUGGAUGAAAGAAACUUAUAUUCUCAAACUAGAUGUGACAUACAAAACAAAUCCAUAUGCGUGUGCUGAGGUUUUGUUAUUGGUAUGUUUAAUUUUUUAAAAUUUUUGAGACAGUCUCACAUACCCCAAGCUGUCCUGGAACAUGACCUUGAACUUGUGGUUUGUCUCCCAAGUGUGUGCCACUGUGCGUGGUUUUCUGGAGUACUGGAGAUUGAACCCUGGGCUUUGUGUAUUCUAGGUGAACUCCCUACCAACCCUUCCCAUACCACCCCUUUUGAAAAGCAGUUUUGGGGAGAUGGCUGAACAGUAAAGAGCACUGGCUGUCCUUCCAUAGAACCAAGGUUUGGUUGCCAGCACCCACAUGGUGGCUCACUGUGACUCCAGUUCCAGGGCAGCUGACACUCUUUUGGCCUUUGUGGGAAUGAGGCAUACACAUAGUCUAUAAACAUACAUGCAGGCAAAAUACUCACAUAAUAUUAAAAUGCAGUAAAAAAGAAGCUCUGGGAAAUUCUAUUAAAGAAAAAAUUUGAAUGGUUUACUUUUUCUGAGCCUGUUUUAUCAGGUUUGUAUUAAUGUUAAAACCACCUGAUGGGGGCUAGAGAGAUGGCUCAGUGGUUAAGAGUACUGACUGUUCUUCUAAGAGAACCCAGGUUCAAUUUCCAGCACCCAUAUGGCAGCUCACAACUUUAACUCCAAAUCCAGUGGACCUGAGCACCAAUGCACGUAAAAAAAUUUAAGCCUGGCGUGGUGGCACACGCCUUUAAUACCAGCACUCGGGAGGCAGAGGCAGGCGGAUUUCUGAGUUCGAGGCCAGCCUGGUCUACAAAGUGAGUUCCAGAACAGCCAGGACUAUACAGAGAAACCCUGUCUCGAAAAAACAAAACAAACAAACAAAUUUAAAAAGUCAUCAGAUUAACGCCAGUGCACACUCUAGUGUAUUCUACACUCUAUGCCUAAUUUGGUAUUAUUGCUACUAUAAUGAUAGGCAACAGUUUUGGCCAGUAUGGCACACUCCUCUAUUUCAGGCUUACUUAAUUUAAUUAAAGUAGGACAGUUAUGAUGAGGAUAGCUGAUUUUGCUUUGUGUAAUCAUGUUGAAUGUGUGAUUUUUAUAGCAAGUUGAAGCGUAGACCUAGUUGAUCAACACCAACAACUUUCUUUUAUUUGAUGGUUUUCAGUUACUUUAUUUAUUUAUUUUUUGAGAUAGAAGCUCAUGUGGUCCAGGCCUCAAAUUCCCCACAUAGCUAGGAUGAUCUGGAACUCCCUGCAGCUACCACCCAGUGAGAGCCUACAGGCUGUCAUGCCUGUUUAUGUGGUAACGGGGAUCAAAUUCAGAACACGGUGCAUUCUAAAGCAAAGCACUCUUCAAACUUGACCUACAUCACCAAUUCAAAUCUAUUAAGUUAUUAGGAAUAGUGAGUUUAUCAGGGGCUGGAGAAAUGGUUCAGUGGUUAAGAGCACUGAUUAUUCUUCUAGAGAAAGAGGACCUGGGUUCAAUUCCCAGCAUCCACACAGUGGCUAACAACUAUCUGUAACUCUACUCUAAAGGGAUCCGAUGAUCUCUGGCUCUACUGGGCACUUUAUGCUGGCUGUGCACAGACAUACAUGCUGGUAAAACAUUCAUACAUUUAAAAAAAAUACAAAAAUGGUUAUCAGCUCUCUGCCUUGCCAAAGGAACAGAAUUUCAUCUUCCAAACAUUUUUUUUUUUUUUUUUGGUUUUUCGAGACAGGGUUUCUGUCCUGGAACUCACUUUGUAGACCAGGCUGGCCUCGAACUCAGAAAUCCGCCUGCCUCUGCCUCCCGAGUGCUGGGAUUAAAGGCGUGCGCCACCACGCCCAGCUUCUAAACAUUUUCUUUUUUGGUGGUUUUAUUUACAUACCAGUUUCUGAACUGAAAUUGCUGAGGUCUAUAACUAACGCCAGCUUUCCUGUAACACAAGUUCUAGAGCAUCCAGUGCCCUUUCUGGCCUCCACUGGCAAUAGGUAUGCACAGAUAUAUAUGCAGGGAAAAUAUCCAAACACACACACACACACACAAAUUUUAGGAAAUUAUGGAGUGAGGAGAAAUGAGAGUGCAUGACUGGGAAUUUCAAGCUUAUCUCUACGGAAUCCCUCAUCCAUUUCCUUUUUCGCUUUUGGUCACUGACAGUAUUACCAGGGUCUAUUAUCUCUUGCUUUCUUGCUAAGGACCCAGUCACACCAACCCUCUUCCCCAGCACCGUAUGGCAUCUGCAUAGACCAGAACACAUCAUUCCUAUCCUGCAAAAUAAAAUUCUCCCUGAGUGUGGUGGCAAAGGCCUUUAAUCCCAACACUCAGGAGGCAGAGGCAGGAAGAACUCUCUGAAUUCAAAACCACCCUGGUCUACAUAUCAAGGUCUAGGACAGCCAGGGUCACAUAGAAAGACCCUGCCUCCCAGACUCUUCAGCCUCAUGUCACUGCCUGCUAUCCAAAUUUUGUUCCUAAUGGAACAUUUCCUUGUCUUUGCCUCACAACUUCAUCUGUCCUCAUUCUCCUUUAUCCUUUCUGCCCUACUUACUCAAAUGGUCACUCCUCUAAAUCCUCAGUUUCCUUCCUCACUUCCUCUAGCAUUUGUCCAGCACAGUUUUCCUCUUUGGCUUAAUGUCACACAAACAAAAUCUUCUCUAAAAAUAUGUUGUUCACCAGCUAAGAACUGUAUGUAAAGGGAUAGAGAAGAGCCCUCUGAAAGAUUAGGAUGAAGGGCACAAGUCACUUACCUGUCCUUGACUUGCAAUAGGUAGCAGACCAAGCAGUAGCCAGCACAGCUUUGCACAAAAUUGCGCUGGGCACUGAGGAAUGCCUCAGUGGUAUAACUGCCAUGUUCCUGUAGGAAGUAAUCGAGCAAGGAGAGCUGUGACUGUUUCUUCACCUGGUGGAUGGACACAGCGUUGACUACUGGUUCAAUCAUGCCACUGUCAGCUGAAAUCACAAGAAUCUUAUAUGGCUUGAUCCAAAGAGGCACUCGCUCCUGUUCCCAAAUGGACUGUGAAGAGACACAAAGUUGUUUCAACACCUGGAAAGCCAGCAGCUCCUGGCGAAGGUCAUCUCCACACUUGACAAUGACUGAAAGGAGUCGCCAAUUGGGAAGAUGGCCAUACGGGGAACCUUCUCUGAUCCUCCUGUGAAGAAAAAAGUCACAGGAUGAUGCCAGGUAGCUCAAGCAAUGUCUCAGCUGCACCUUCAGGGCCUCAAGUACUGAGCAAGGACAGAAUAAGGAGAUAAAGGAGAGGGACAUAAAGCUGACAGCUGGUAACCAGACACAGGACAAAGAGGCAGAACGAAGAAGAUGGAGAUGAAGGACGAGGUGAUUGGGCCAUACCGGAUGUCCCCUGCUGCAAUGAACACAGGCUCCUUGCUCUCCUGGCUGGUGAUGCUGUCCACCGAGAACUGGGAGAUGUUGUCACAGCUGUUGGUGUGCACUUCAGGGAGCUGGGAAGAGCAGGUCAGAAAUGCUAAACACAGAUCUCCCUCUUGAUCUCUGCUCACUUGCCACUAACUAACUACCUAUGGCAUGGUGGCCUACCACUCCACUCCAGCCUUCUCCCAAAGCCACCAUGGUUCCAUAUCACUGAGGCCUUGAGCCAUAGAUCCCACAGCAGUGUUCUCAAAGUGUGAACUCAUAGAAUUCAUGGAAAAGCAUAGGAAGUGCAGAUUCUCAGUUCUGACCAUCAGCCCAAAUUAGAACUACUGGGAAUGAAAUCUAGAAGCUGCAUUUUUGUGAACUUUCUAGAAUAUUCCCAACACUCUCUAAGAAUGGUCUCAAACUCCUCCUUUCCCAGCCUCCAUGUCAGUGCAGGGACUACAGGUGGAUCACCAUACCCAGACAAUUUCUUCUGGCUAAAUCUCCACCUAAUCUCCUCACUCUUAUCUAUAAAAUAUUCUGCCAGGCCCCAAGAAGUCUCUGUCCUUCCUUUUACAAAGUACUCUCAAUUAUACCUGCCAUCUAAUACACAGUAACUCGUGUAUCUUCAUUUUUCUUCUUCCAGCCCCACAGUGCGGCUUGAGUUUAUUUUCAUAGCUAACAGGGCUGAGUGAGUGCACUGCUUGUCGGGGCCAUGCCAGCCUCUCUAGCCUCACUCACUCAUCACCUCACACUACGCAUCAGCACAUAUUAGUUUUUUUUCAUUCCUAUCAUGGCCAUGUUGCAUUUUCUCUUCCUCAGUCUGAAUGGUCUGAAUGUUCUUUGUUCUGCUAAUUAAACCAUGCUUCCAGCCUCAGCAGAAAUAUCACUUCCUCCAGGAAAUCUUUUGAUUCUGAUGCUGAGUGUGGAGUAAGCACUCUCUCCACCUUUAGGCACUUCCAGAAUGUCUCAUGCUCCCUGUUACAGCGCAGAUUACACCAGACUAGAACUGUCAGCUGUCUGGUCUGAUUCUGUUAGCACAUAAACUCUUACAAGUAUAAGCCAAGUCUCAUUCAUUAGCAUAUAGUACUCAGUACCCUGAAACUGGAGUUUCUGACAGUGGUGAGCUACUGCAGAGGUGCUGGGAAAGGAACACAGUUCUCUGUUAAGAGCAGCCAGUGCUCUUAACCCUGGGUCAUGUCUCCAGCCCUUUAUAUAUUUGACUAAAUAUAUGAAUGUGUGGCUUGUCA